AUGCCUAAACGUGAAAGGGAAGACAGUAAGGACAGCUGCAGCGGUGAUACUAGUUGCUCAACCGAUAGCAGCACGAGUGACUCGAGCUCUUCAUGUUCGAUUUUCUCUUCUUCUAGCGGCAGUGCGAAAAGAAGAAGCAAAAAGGCGUCUUUUGAAGUCCAUAAGAUCGACAACGGCAACAGCGGCGACACCACUAGUAAAAGCAACACAUCUCCUAGACCAAAUGAUGGUGCGGUCAAGUUGGAUGUUAGUGCAGUGCUGCGUGCGGAGCUGCAACCCAAACUUACUGAAACGCUGGGGGAUCAUGCGUUAGAGCCCGUAUAUGGUAUCAAAGAUGAAAAUAAUGGUAACAGUGGCCGUGCUGUAUACGAGGACGGUGGUGGCAUGCAACAUGAAGGAUACGGUAAUAUAUCAAGCGAUAAUGACUCUCUUGAUGACAGGUUCGGAACAUCCGCAUCCACUUCGAGUACCGACGCUGAUGACGAAGCCGUUGAAGACUUCCGGGAGAGACUUUUGGCGCACGCGCAGGUGACCAGUGCGGCCAAAAAAGAGCACAGCACAUCAAUUGAAAGUGAAGGUCUGCUAGGUAGCGGACUAAAUCCCGCCCGAGCACUGGAGCACUUGCGAAAGGCAUUGCUCAAGCCAGUUUCUUCCACGGCACUCGCAGUUGUAAGCGCCACUGAUGAAUCCCAUGACCUCAUGGAUGCCGUGGUUUCAGCGAAACUCCCACCUCCACCUGCCGAUGACGUAAAACGGUUGAGGAAACUUCAUUAUGUGGACCAUAGCACUAUUGAAUAUCCACCAAUACAGAAAGAGUUUUACGUUUCUCCACCUGAUGUCAGGGGCCUCGACGCAGGGGAGCUAAAAGAGUUGCUGAAAGAACUUGACGGUGCCAAGGUACGUGGUCGUGAUCCACCACGACCGAUGCGUAGUUGGACGGGAUCCGGUCUUGCGGACUCUGUACUUGAGGCGCUCGCGGAAGGGGGAUUUCAGCAACCAUUUGCCGUGCAAUCGUUAGGUGCUCCUGUUCUUAUGAGUGGCCGUGACCUGCUUGUUGUCGCCAAAACGGGAUCCGGAAAAACGCUGUCGUAUCUGCUCCCACUCAUCCGGCAUUGCAUGGGUCAGAGAGCAUGUAAAAAGGGAGAGGGCCCAAUCACCCUUGUUUUGGUUCCUACGCACGAACUUGGUUGCCAGAUUGUGAGGGUUGCGGAGAAGCUCUGCUCUGCAGCUCACCUACGACUCGUUGCUUCGUACGGAUUGGUUCCCCUUUCUGAUAACAUAAAGCAGUGUCGUGCGGGUUGCGAGGUGAUGGUCUCAACACCGGGUCGUCUACUCGAUCUUCUUACAGUUGGUGGCGGGGGUGUGCUUUCCCUCAGGUUUGUUUCUUUCGUUGUUGUGGAUGAGGCUGAUCGCAUGUUUGAUAGUGGUUUUGCAGAGCAUGUGGAAGCUUUUUUGAAGAAUAUCCGUCCGGACCGUCAACUGGCGAUGUUUAGCGCCACCAUGCCGAAAGAACUGAAAAAGGUAAUUUGUCGCCAUUUGCAUGACCCAAUAGAAAUUACGGUGGGUGGAAAACCAACGCCGGCUUCUAAUGUGGAGCAGCGUUUCUUUUUCUUCGACGAAGAGCUUUACGAUGUGGACGUGGAAAGCCGCAGUGAAGACAAAAAGUUUUUGAAGCUUUUGCAAAUUCUUGGUGAGGAGGGUGGAAACGGAGAACAUCUUAUUCUUAUAUUUACACAGCAGAAAAAGGAAUGUGAUGAACUAUUCGCGCGACUCUCCGCCUGUGGUUACAACAAGCGCAUUGCCGUAUUAUACAGUGGCAUGGAUCCCAUCGAUCGUGAGUUUGCUCUCGAGUACUUUUCUCCUGGUAAUCAGUUCAUUCUGAUAGCAACGGGUGUAGCUGAGCGUGGACUGGACAUACCUUACCUUGAACUAGUCAUUAACUACACCCUUCCAGACCAUUAUGAGGCUUAUGUUCACCGGAUCGGUCGCACAGGUAGAGCAGGGAGGAAAGGUAAGGCUGUCAGUUUCUUCACACGAGGAAAAGAUGAUGAACUGGCGGCUGACCUCUGUGAAGGUCUUGAGCGGGCAGAACAACAGGUAUCGGAAGAACUCUACGAGCGGGCUACAAAGGUGCGUGAGUUACGCAAGGGUGGAACUGCACGACACAAUGCUCUCUUUCACCGUGGUUAUAUGCGGGCGAAAAAGCAGCGGUUCACCAACCGUGACCAAAAGGAGCAGUUCAAAACGGCACUGCGUGCGGCAGGAUUGGAGGACGAUAUGCCAACGGGGUCGGAUUCGGACUCCGGUUUCAGUAGUGGUGAUGAUAGCGAUGUGGGUGUUAAGAUUAAGGCUGUCGAAGAGGACAACGCUGACGACAGUUGCGACGCCGAACUUUCCAGUGCACUGACCAUCCAUAAAGGUGAUGGUGCGCUCACCGUCAGCUCCGCUCAACUGCAAAAGCAGAAAGAGUCGUUGGAGGCGGCGUUGGCGUACGCCAGAAAGACAACGGAGAUGGCCGUUAAUCCAGCAUCGAGGAACGUGCGCUUUGAGGCAGAAUAUCCUAUCAAUGACCUGCCAAAUGUUGUGCGUUUGCGACUGCAGAACUCGGCAGUGCUGCGGUCGGUGGCGGAAGAAAGCAAUUCAACAAUAGUCCGUAAAGGUGUGUUCUAUGAUAAAAGUUUAAAGCACUCGCAUCGCCUACGCGACGGUGUUCGGCCACUUUAUCUUUUGAUUAUAGGCAAAACUGCUGAAUCUGUGCGGGACACAGUGAAGAAGCUUAAUAGCGUCAAGGAAGAGGCUCAAAGUCGUCUUCAGCAAAAAGUGUCGUCGGUUGGGGCACAGCUUUAG